UAGCAGGAGACGAAGAAGAAUAGAAGCUAAAAUCCAAAUCGUGUCAGAGAAGGCCAAGACAGCGAGCGAGACACAAAAUCCGAAACAGUUACUUUCACAAUGCUUCCACUAUCUCUGCUGAAGACUGCCCAGAACCACCCUAUGCUGGUGGAGCUGAAGAACGGAGAGACGUACAACGGUCACCUGGUGAGCUGUGACAACUGGAUGAACAUCAACCUGAGAGAAGUCAUUUGCACCUCAAGGGAUGGAGAUAAGUUCUGGAGGAUGCCCGAGUGCUACAUCAGAGGAAGCACCAUCAAGUACCUGCGAAUCCCCGAUGAGAUCAUCGACAUGGUGAAGGAGGAGGUGGUGUCCAAGGGCCGUGGACGUGGAGGCCCCCAGCAGAACAAACAGCAGGGCAAAGGAGGAGGAGGAGGAGGAGGAAGAGGAGGAGGAGCCGGCCGAGGUCUGUUUGGCGGUCGCGGCAGAGGAAUGACCGGUCCCGGUCGGGGCCAGCAGCAGCAGCUGCAGCUGCAGCAGCAGGAUAAGAAACCGGGCAAACCACAGGGAAUGAAAAACCAGCACUGAUGGACAACAUUACACCUUCAACAACACAGAGCGAUUUCUCCUUCAGUACAUGGAAGAUACAAUUAACUCUCCUUCUGCUGUGAUGCUUGUCCAGACUCGCCAUCGCAGAAAUCACAACGGGAGACGUUAAGAGAAGCUGUGCUUUUGCACUGAAUUUUGUUUUUUAGCAUCUGUACGUUGGUAUAAACCUUUUUUUAGUAUACACCAGUGUAUCAGUCACAGCUGACGGAGUCCGUCUUCAGUAUCCAUUGAUAGUGUGUUAUUACAACUUUGCAAGAACAUUUUGUAUCAUACAAAAACAGUUGGUACACUGGAAUGAGGUUUUUAUUUCUUUGUUUUUGGUCAACUUGUCUCCUUGGGUGUAGAUUUCAAGGUAGAGAAAUUUGCCCAGACUUCUGUUGCACCGAUAUAUUUUUUUUUAACUUGCUCUUUAUUUUUGUGUUGUUCGCGACGUUCUGUAGUUUGUCUGCUGUUCCGUUUGGUCCGAUCAUGGCAGGUGGACCAGUAGACUGUCAUUUGGGGGGAACGGGAAUUCAGUCCCUGUAAAUGAACACUUUUGUUAAAGCAUUCGUUAGGAUUUCCACAAAAAAAAUUCUCAUAUUCUUAAGUCUGAAAUGGAAAAGUCCAAUGUGUGUCUUGUUGGUUGAGUUUCAUUUUAUUUUUGCAAAAAAAAGAUGUAAAUUAUUUACAUGAGAAUAAAACGACUUUUGUUAAAGCGGC